AUGAGAGAAAUACUUUCAAUCCACGUCGGACAGGGUGGAAUACAAAUGGGAAACGCAAAUUGGGAACUCUACUGCCUAGAGCACGGAAUACUCCCCAACGGAAAAGUAGACAAAGAAGCAAACAAGCCAAUCGACUCAGCCUCCUCCUUUUUCUCAGAAACAAGCACAGGAAACAUGGUCCCAAGAGCCCUCAUGGUAGAUCUGGAGCCAGGCGUAAUCGACACGAUAAAAACAAGCGCCUACAGGAACCUCUAUCACCCCUCGCAGCUCAUCGCAGGAAAAGAAGACGCAGCAAAUAACUACGCAAGAGGCCACUACACAGUCGGAAAGAACAUCAUAGAACCAGCAGUAGAGCAGAUCAGAAGACUCGUAGAUAACUGCGACUCUCUCCAGGGAUUCUUCAUCUUCCACUCCUUCGGGGGAGGAACAGGAUCGGGACUUGGAACCCUCAUCCUCGAAAGACUCUCCCAGAUAUACGAGAAGAAGAGUAAGCUGGAAUUCGCAAUAUACCCAGCCCCCCAGGUCUCGAACUCAGUCGUAGAGCCGUAUAACUCAGUACUCACCACGCACAUGACACUAGAGCACGCAGAUUGCUCCUUCCUCGUGGAUAAUGAAGCAAUUUACGAUAUGUGCAAGGGACUCGGAAUACACAGGCCAGAUUACGUAGAUCUUAACAGAGUUAUCGCUCAGGUCGUCAGCUCAAUAACUGCGUCCCUGAGAUUCCCAGGAUCCCUGAACGUAGACCUCGCAGAGUUCCAGACGAACCUCGUCCCGUACCCAAGGAUUCACUUCCCGCUUAUCGCUUACUCCCCUAUUGUAUCAGCAGAGGGAGCAGCACACGAACAGCUUAGCGUAACGGAAAUAACGACAGCUUGCUUUGAGGCACAGAAUCAGCUCGUUAAGUGCGAUACGAGGAGGGGUAAGUAUAUCGCAUGCUGCCUCCUUUUCAGGGGAGAUAUCAACACGAAAGACGUUAAUAUCGCAACAGGAAUCGUAAAGAGCAAGAAGGGAGAUAGGUUCGUGGAAUGGUGCCCAACAGGAUUUAAGAUCGGAAUCAAUAAUGAGCCCCCGACAGCACUCCCGGGAGGAGCAAUGCCUCCCCUCAAGAGAGCUGUUUGCGCUCUCAGCAAUACAACGGCUAUUGUCGAGGCUUGGAAGAGACUCAGCCAAAAGUUCGACCUCAUGUACAGUAAGAGGGCUUUCGUCCACUGGUACGUCGGAGAGGGCAUGGAAGAGGGAGAGUUUAGCGAGGCACGGGAAGACCUCGCAACCCUCGAGGCAGACUACCACGAUCUUGCAGGGGAGAUGAUCCUCGAGUAA